AUGCAGCGAGCGGCGGCGGCGUGGGUGCGGCGGGGCUGCUGCCCCGGGACCCGGGGCCCCUGGCGCCGCGGCCGGAGCAGCGCGGCCGCCGAGGCCCCGGCGGUGCUCCCGGGGCGGCCCGAGCGGGCCCCGCGCGAGCGCAUCCUGACGCCCGAGUCCAUGAACCCGCGGGUGAGGGCGGUGGAGUACGCGGUGCGGGGCCCCAUCGUGCUCAAGGCGGGCGAGAUCGAGCUGGAGCUGCAGCGGGGCAUCAAGAAGCCGUUCACUGAGGUCAUCCGUGCCAACAUCGGGGACGCCCAGGCCAUGGGCCAGCAGCCUAUCACCUUCCUCCGCCAGGUGAUGGCGCUGUGCACCUACCCCAACCUGCUGGACAGCCCCAGCUUCCCGGAAGACGCCAAGACGCGGGCCCGUCGGAUCCUGCAGGCCUGCGGCGGGAACAGCCUGGGCUCCUACAGCGCCAGCCAGGGCGUGAACUGCAUCCGGGAGGACGUGGCCGCCUACAUCGCCCGGCGUGACGGCGGGGUGCCCGCCGACCCCGACAACAUCUACCUGACCACCGGCGCCAGCGACGGCAUCACGACCAUCCUGAAGAUCCUGGUUUCCGGGGGCGGCAAGUCGCGGACGGGGGUGCUGAUCCCCAUCCCCCAGUACCCCCUCUACUCGGCGGUCCUCUCGGAGCUGGGCGCCGUGCAGGUCAACUACUACCUGGACGAGGACAACUGCUGGGCCCUGGACGUGCAGGAGCUGCGGCGGGCCGUGCGGGAGGCCAAGGAGCACUGUGACCCCAAGGUGCUGUGCAUCAUCAACCCCGGGAACCCCACAGGCCAAGUGCAGAGCAGGAAGUGCAUCGAGGACGUGAUCCACCUCGCGUGGGAGGAGAAGCUCUUUCUCCUGGCGGACGAGGUGUACCAGGACAACGUGUACUCGGCCGACUGCACCUUCCACUCCUUCAAGAAGGUGCUGUGGGAGCUGGGCCCCGAGUACUCGAGCAACGUGGAGCUCGCCUCCUUCCACUCCACCUCCAAGGGCUACAUGGGCGAGUGCGGCUACCGGGGCGGCUACAUGGAGGUGGUCAACCUGCACCCCGAGAUCAAAGGCCAGCUGGUGAAGCUGCUGUCGGUGCGCCUGUGCCCGCCCGUGUCGGGGCAGGCCGCCAUGGACAUCGUGGUGAACCCGCCGCGGCCGGGCGAGGAGUCCUUCGCGCAGUUCGUCCGGGAGAAGGAGGCCGUGCUGAGCAAUCUGGCCGAGAAGGCGAAGCUGACGGAAGACCUGUUCAACCAGGUCCCGGGGAUCCGCUGCAACCCGCUGCAGGGCGCCAUGUACGCCUUCCCCCGCCUCUUCCUGCCCCCGAGGGCCGUGGAGGCCGCGCAGGCCCACGGCAUGGCGCCCGACAUGUUCUACUGCAUGAGGCUGCUGGAGGAGACGGGCAUCUGCGUGGUGCCCGGCAGCGGCUUCGGGCAGCGGGAGGGCACUUACCACUUCAGGAUGACCAUCCUCCCGCCCGUGGAGAAGCUGAAGACGGUGCUGCAGAGGGUGAAGGACUUCCAUGUCCAGUUCCUCCAGGAGUUCGCCUGA